AACACUAGGAUGGCCACAGGACACAAGCUGUAAGGCCUUGAUGGAUAUAGUGUGAUGCACAGAAAACAUCAGAACAACAUAGACUUGAAGGAGGGAGGCAUCGUUCGGGAACUUCUCUUUUCCCUUCUAUGGCUCCAGCUCUCACCUCCAACUCAUUUCUCCUGAACACCACGCCCCAUUCAAGACUCUCCCUCGAGAACCCAAGGCUCAGAGUCUUUGCCAAAAAAGCUGGACCCUUCUCCACAUUUCAGUUCGGCAAACCAAAAGAUGAUGAAAGUCAAACUGAUGGUUCGGGCAAUUCAAGUCCCUUUAAUUUCAACUUUGGUAAGGUACCUGACAUGAAGUCUUUGGUGCCUGUUGUGAGCAAGCCUUCUUCCGGGUUGUCAUUUGGGAACAUCAGAAGGAAGGACCCUGGCACUGUUUUUGUUGCUGGUGCUACUGGGCAGGCUGGCAUUCGUAUUGCACAGACGCUACUGCGUGAGGGUUUUAGUGUAAGAGCUGGGGUUCCUCAGCUUGGAGAUGCUCAGGAGUUGGCUCGUCUUGCCGCCCAGUACAAGAUCAUAUCAAAUGAGGAAUCAAAGCGCCUCAAUGCUGUUGAAUCCACCUUCCAAGAUACAGAAUCAAUUGCCAAAGCAAUUGGCAAUGCAAGCAAAGCAGUGGUUACAAUUGGUCCUACAGAGAAUGGCCCCACCUCUGAGGUCUCCACAUUGGACGCCUUGCAAGUAAUCGAAGCUGCUCAGCUAGCAGGAGUCGGCCAUGUUGCCAUAAUCUAUGAUGGGAACCCAGCCAGUUCAUCAACUAACAAUGUGCUAGAUGGAUUCAAAACAUUCUUUAACAACCUGUUCUCGCAAUCUCAGCUUUCUGUACCUGAGUUCUUGCAGAAAGUGAUUGAAACAGAUGUUAGCUAUACUUUUAUAAAGACAAGUUUGACAGAAGACUUUUCACCAGAGAGUUCUUAUAAUGUUGUUGUGUCAGCUGAAGGAAGCACUGGUACAGGCGACUUCAAAGUAGCCAAGUCCCAGAUAGCGUCCGUGGUGGCAAAUGUUUUCUCAAAUACAUCGGUGGCAGAAAAUAAGGUUGUGGAAGUUUUUACUAAUCCAUCGGCACCAUCAAAACCUGUGGAUGAGCUUUUCAGUGCCAUUCCUGAAGAUGGAAGAAGAAAAGUCUAUGCAGAAGCUCUUGCAAAGGCAAAAGCAGAGGAAGAGACAAGGGUAGCUGCUGAGAAAGCAUCCGAGGCAGCUGAGGCAGCCAAAAAGCUGGAAGAUGAAGUGAAAAAGCUUUCAGAGCAAGGAGCUAAAGCUGCUAGUCUAGCUGAAGAAGCCCAGGGGAAGGCCGAGGCUGCAGGGGCGUCAGUGGAAAACUUCUUGAGUAAAGCAACAGAACUUGGUUCAGGGUUCUCUUGGGAAAAACUUAGCUCCCAGAUAUCAACUGCGGUUCAAACGACUAGUGAAAAUACAAAAGUGCAGCUCGCAACUGUCAGGGGACAAGCCAAGGCUCGUUCUUUGCCGGUCCAGAAAGCUGUAGUUAAACAGCCUUCACCUAAACCUCGUGCUUUGAAACCAAAGGAGGAGCCAAAGCCGAAGGCUAAAGAGACAGAGUCAAAGGCAGAAGUGCGGAAGGUGUUUGGUGGCCUUUUUCAGCAAGAAACCAUUUACAUCGAUGAUGACUGAGACAAUUAAUUUCGUUGUAACCAUCUUAUCUUUCAGGCUAGUUUGAAGUAGAUGUGGUUUAAAGCUUGUAAUGCUGUUGAACGUGAGUCUAAGCCUAUCAUGUACACCAUUUUUAAGCUUUCAGAUCAUUUUCCAUAUGACUAAAGCAUGCCUUCAAUUUGGAAAAGGCUCCAAUCCAAAUAUUUCCGAUUCUCUCA